AUGUCUCGGCUCAGAGACUCCCUCGCCGCCACGGCGCAGCCUCAGACGUCGUCACCAUUUUUCAACGACCUGCCCUGCGAGAUUCGGCAAAAGAUAUACCAACACCUCUGGGAUCUAUACGACACAAGAUGGCAUGUCCACUCGUUCGGCAACCAGGUUGUCCCAGUCUUCCCCUGCAACACCCACUCAGGUGAAGACGACGUACGAAUACGAACACAUGUUCCCGCCGCUCUUCUUGUAUGCAAGCAAAUGUAUCUCGAAAGUGUCGACGAGCUGGAGAGCGUCCUUACCUUCUGCUUUACGGAUAUCAUCGUCGCCCGAGACUUCCUCGUCAAACACGCGCCCAGUAGGAACAUCCGCAACAUCGACAUCAGCUUGCGCGUCAAGCCCUUGAUUACCGAGUUGUAUUUCCCGGGCCCGGAUGGCAAAUUGCAGCCACAUAUCAGCGGCCUAAGUGUCACGUCCAAGAAAAACCCUUGGGAGGAUCUGUGCCGCCGUCUAUCCAUGCUGCCAUCUCUUCGCUCGCUCCAUCUCCGUCUUGACUCCGAGGACCUCCGGCCCUGGCACAAGCGUGUCAACGAGAAGGCUUUCUUCAAGCAGCUGUCGCACGCCAAGGCACGCGAGUUCGUCCUUUACCUGCCGGAUCUUCCGGAGCAUCCGGAACUUCAAGGCCUUCCUGGCUGCUAUCUCGACAGCGACGUCUCCGAUGAUGGUGGCGCACCCUUCACGGUCAAGAGAGGACCGCGUCCAAACAACUGGCAGCUUCAUCUGUCCAGGAUAUCACAUACUCUUCCAGAGAACUGGAGCCACUCCUUAUGGAAUCAAGUCCGUGACAAGGUAUGGGCCGCAUAGCAUAAGUUUAUGAUAACAGCUUGUAAAAACAUGGGAACACUCUUACGACUAUCGAUUCUCGCCUCGCAGGAGCUGCCCAGCGUAUAUUUGUACUGACACAGUCGCAUCAAUACCUAUUACGAGAACAUGAGCAAAAGGGGAAGAUUAACCACCAAAGAAACACCCUGAAGAGAGCUACUUGACCACGAUUUCAUUUUGGUCUGAUGGGUAUCUUCCUCCCAAUCAACCAUGAUGGCCUUACCAUUUCAUACAUUAGAACAUUUCCAUAGGGCACUGUUGAGGGAAUUGGUUUCAUUAUAUCAAUCUUAGUCAUCAGAUGAAAUAUAAAUUCUGUCAAU